AUGUCGUCGAAGUGCAAUGUUUUGAUUUACGGUGGUGGAGCCGUCGGAUCCAUCUUCGGAUGGAGACUUGCACAACAAAGCACAAAUCGAGUCUCUGUGGUUUGCAGGUCAAACUUCGAGCGUGUACGAAGCACUGGCUACGCAUUGAAGACCGCAGCAUGGGGUUCUGGAUGCUUCAUUCCGGACCAGGUCUUCAAAGCUGGUCACGUCAGGAGAUCAUCACAUCUACAAAGUUACGACUAUGUUGUUUGCUCCAACAAGUUUGCCGGUGACUUGACACCAACUCUGAGGGAUCUCUCAGGUAUCAUUCGUCCCACGACAACCCUGGUCACCGCCCAGAAUGGCAUGGAUGUCGAGGUUCCUUUACGAAGAGCGUUUCCAACAAACACCAUCCUAACUACUAUCUGCAAUAUCGGAUGCAGUCAGAUCUUGCCUGGCCUCGUCGAACAAACAGCCGACCUAAAACGAAAAGCGUUCCUCAUUGGCGUUCCUUACCACGACAAUAGCGACCGCAACGCAGCACUUCGACGCAGGAAUGCUCUUGCCGCUAUGGAUUCUGAGUUCGACAGCAUAGACUGCGUGGCCGAGGCGAGGUGGCGAAAACUAAUUUUCAACUGUGCCUGGAACUCUACUACGGCACUGACAGGCCUCAACACCCAUGAACUUCUGCGACGCAGCGGCGCAAGUCAGAUGGUCUUGCAGCUCGCCCAGGAAGCUUACAAUGUCGCCAUAGCUUCGGGCAUCCAACUCGACCCUCAGAUGCCACACGAAACGAUCAAAGCUGCGGCAACCAGUGCUCCAAUCACUCCAUCAACUCUCCAAGACGCGAGGAACAAACGUCCCAUGGAGCUGACUCCUAUCUUCGGUUAUCUUGUCAUGCAAGCAGCAAAGGUCGGCGUGCAAGUCCCGUGCAUCACGUUAAUGUACGACCUACUGCGCCAGAUGAACGAUGCAUUGGUGGCUCGGCAGAGCUGGCAGGUUCCAGAUAUGCUUUUGCCCGCAGUCGAGCAGCUCUUGGGCAGAGAGCAGAUCAGAGAGCGUUAA